UCUUAAUCCUCCAACAUUAUUCACAUUAUCUACAUUAAGGUCUAAUCUAGACUAAUAGAGAGAUAUUCUUACUUAAGCUUAAAACUUCAGUUAGAAACCAAGUUUAUCAUAAUUAAUUAAUAGUAUUAGUUUUUGUUUUAAAUAUGAAGAGUUUUGUAAGCAAACCAACAUUCUUGGUUUAUGCAUAUCUCCUCAUUGUGGUUCUUGUUUUAAACUCAUUGCCAGCAUCUUCUUGGUUAGAAGUUGAGAACCAGGAAGAUUUUAGUUAUGUAACAGGGAGUGGAAACGGACCAGAGAACUGGGGAAAUCUUCGUCCAGAAUGGGCAAAAUGUAAGAGUGGAACCCAACAAUCUCCAAUAAACUUGGAUUUUAGCAAGAUGCAAUAUGCUCCAGAGUUGGGUGAUUUGCAAAUGAACUAUACGCCAGCAUCUGGAAUCCUAAAGAAUAGAGGCCAUGAUAUCAGUCUUCAGUGGGCUGUUGCUGGAGAUGCUGGAUCCAUUCAGAUAGAUGAUACUACCUAUGUGCUUGAUCAAAUUCAUUGGCACUCACCUUCCGAGCACACUGUCAAUGGAAGAAGGUUUGCGUUGGAGCUACAUAUGGUUCAUAAAAAUGUGGAACUUAAAAAGGUUGCUGUGGUUGCGGUUCUAUACUCUCUUUCUAUUUUCAAAGACCCAUUUCUUUCCAAGUUGGAGGCCAACAUAAGGGAUAUAUCCGGUACUGGGGCUAGUGAAGUGAACAUAGGUCCGGUUGAUCCAAAUGACAUUGAUAUGAGUGAUAGAAAAUAUUACAGAUACUUGGGUUCUCUCACAACUCCUCCUUGUGACGAAGGGGUUAUUUGGACCAUCAAGAGAAAGGUGAUGCCUGUCAGGAUAGACCAAGUAAUGUUAUUGAGAAGUGCCGUUCAUGAUGGAAAUGGGAAUAACGCAAGACCUUUGCAGCCUCUAAAUAACCGAGAGAUCCUCUACUACGCUGCAUUACCAACAUCAGCAUUAGUAGACAGUAUGUAAUUGCAGCCAAGAACGUACUGGCCGGCUUUAUUGAUUUGGAAGUAUUACCGCAUAUAUCAUUUAUAUUACAGUUGAAUCCGUAUUACGCGAAUCUUUACCGAGUGCACACUAGUUUUCUACUUUCUGUGCUUUUUCGUUGUUAAAUUUGUGCGAAAAGAGAAAGUUGGCAUGGAAUGAAAUUAUUUUGCCUUUUUCUUUGUCUAA